AUGGUGGCCAACCUGUCCAGCAACGAAACCGUCAUCCGUGGGCUGAACGCCACCCACAUCACCUGGAGCGUGCUGGAGAACUUCGACCUCGGGCAGAUAUGCACGACGAGCAUCUGCGUGCUGACCAUCCUCCUCAACGGCUUCUUCGUGACCGUUUUAAUCCUGGAGCGCCCCUUACGGACCUCAUUUGCCGUUUAUUUAAUCGUCCUGGCAGCCGGCAACAUCGUCAACGCCUGCUUUCAGAACCCGCUGACGCUGGCCAUCAAGGACCGAUUUGGAGCACUGCAGCUGACCAUCUUCUGCGCCAUCGCUUACUUUGUGCGCCAGACCGCCGUAGGCUUCGUCCCGCUGGUCCAUCUCUUCAUUGGCCUUAACCGGUUGUGGGCGCUGCUGAAGCCGCACUCCUACCGACUCCGCCACACCCGGCGCCUGGCUGUGACGGUCUGCUCAGUGACGGGGGCCUGCAUUGUCGUCUUCCUGGCCCCACCCAUCAUCCUCGACGCUUUCCACCCCCACAAACCCUUCCACAGGAUCUUCUGCUUGCUGAAUAUGGCGCAGCCGGGUUAUGUGGAGUGGUCGCUGGCGUUCAACGUCAUCUUCUUGGUUAUGCCGGAAGUCCUCAUUGUCCUGCUGUGCCCGCUGCUGCUUCUUCACCGCACCGCCCUUCGCCAACCGGUGCAGGUGUCCCAGGCCCCGCCCUCAGGUUCCGCCAACAAGACCGCCGGCACCAGCGAUACGGGCGCGGAGAAGCGGGUGAGGAGGAAGAACAGUCUGCGUGUGUUAAUGUUGUUAACGGUGAGCGUGAUCGUCUGCUGGACACCGGUGAACGUCUACUACUGCUUUUGGACAUUUUUCCCAAGUCUGGUGGACAACCCGGUAUUCUAUCGUACCGGAAAUAUGCUAAAGAUUCUCCACUCCAUGCUGGAUCCGCUGCUGUUCAUCGCCUCGCUGGACGAUCUGCGACGGGCCUGCGUCAACCGGCUGCGAUGUUGGGUAUAA